CUUACAGAGAAAGAAAAAUGUGAGGCAGGAUCUGUCCCCACCCUGUACAUAUCAAAAAUAGACUUAAAAAAAACAUCUGUCCACCAUUUUCAACUAAUCUUGGACCCAUUUCUUCAUCAGUCAUCACCCCCGCCCCCCAAACCCCCACCCAAUUUUCCUCCAUUUUUCAUUAUUGCUUUCAUUCCUUCCCUUAGAACGCACACACAGAGAAGAACUGAAGUGAGGAAGAUGGGUAUACCAAGAAACACAGGAGAAGGUGUGGAUGUGCUAAGUGAAAGAGCAAAAAUGAUGAGAGAUGCAGUGGAGAAGAGUCAAUCUAUUACAGACAACGUGGUGAACAUCUUGGGUUCAUUUGAUCACCGUCUUUCUGCUCUUGACACUGCUAUGCGUCCCACACAGAUAAGGACUCAUGCUAUUAGGAAGGCUCAUGGAAAUAUUGAUAAGACUUUAAAGGCUGCUGAGGUUAUAUUGUCCCAAUUUGAUAUUUCUCGUCAGGCUGAAGUUAAAAUACUUAAAGGGCCACAUGAGGACCUAGAAAGUUAUCUUCAAGCAAUUGAACAGCUGAGAAACAAUAUUCGCUUCUUCAGCAACAACAAGAGCUUCAAGAGUAGUGAUGGAGUGCUCAAUCAUGCUAAUAGUUUGCUAGCCAAGGCUAUCUCAAAGCUCGAAGAGGAGUUUAAGCAGCUCUUGUUAUCUUAUAGUAAACCUGUUGAACCUGAUCGGCUGUUUGAGUGUCUCCCAAAUUCAAUGCGACCAUCGUCUGGAUCACCUGGACACCAGGAGUCUAGUGGUAAGAACCGUCUGUCCAAUAGCAAUGCUGAGCAAAAUGGUGCAGAAAAUGCUGUCUUCACACCGCCAACUCUUAUACCUCCAAGGAUCCUGCCUUUACUGCAUGAUUUGGCCCAACAGAUGGUUCAAGCUGGUCACCAACAGCAAUUUGUAAAAAUAUACAGGGAUACACGUUCUCCUGUCCUGGAAGAAAGUCUUCGCCUUUUGGGAGUGGAAAAACUUAGCAAAGAUGAUGUUCAGAAGAUGCAAUGGGAAGUUCUGGAAGCUAAAAUUGGAAAUUGGAUUCAUUUUAUGCGGAUUGCUGUCAAAUUGUUGUUUUCUGGGGAGCAUAAAGUGUGUGAUCAAAUAUUUGAGGGAUUUGAUUCACUCAAGGAUCAAUGUUUUGCUGAAGUUACUACCACGAGUGUCGCCAUGCUGCUUAGUUUUGGUGAUGCAAUUGCGAAAAGCAAAAGAUCACCUGAGAAGUUGUUUGUGCUUCUAGAUAUGUAUGAAAUAAUGCGGGAACUUCAUUCAGAGAUUGAAUCACUUUUCAUAGGUAAAGCUUGCACUGAAAUUAGGGAAUCUGCCUUUGGUUUGACAAAGCAACUUGCCCAGACAGCCCAAGAAACCUUUAGUGACUUUGAAGAAGCAGUUGAGAAGGAUGCAACUAAAACUGCCGUCUCAGAUGGAACUGUUCAUCCCUUGACCAGCUAUGUGAUUAAUUAUGUGAAGUUCCUGUUUGAAUCCUUCAAUGCCUAUCAAUUCAAGGGCUAACAUCAUCUGGAGGCAGUAACUCUGGUGGUGUUGAUGGACAGAAUAGUAGUGGAGUUUCAAGAUCGAUUGUGAAAGACAGGUUUAAGACAUUCAAUGUGCAGUUCGAAGAGCUUCAUCAAAGACAAACUCAAUGGACUGUUCCAGAUACUGAGUUGCGAGAGUCAUUGAGGCUUGCGGUCGCUGAAGUUUUGCUGCCUGCAUACAGAUCUUUCAUUAAACGCUUUGGGCCUUUGGUUGAGAGUGGUAAAAACUCCCAAAAGUACAUCAGAUAUUCAGCUGAAGAUCUUGACCGUAUGCUUGGUGAAUUCUUUGAGGGUAAGACGUUAAAUGAGCCCAAACGGUGAACCUCAGCUAGCCACUUUUGAGGUCAGCUACACUCUAUGCACUAUCCUCUCCUCUGCCAUUGCUGAUAUAGUUGCUACAUGGUUGAGUUCUCGCACCAAAUUGGUGGCAGCGUUCUGGUUCUACAUUCACUACUCUAUGUUCAGGAUCUACAGGAUUUGUAAUAAAAAGUGAAAAAUAAAAAGAGCAAGCCGUAUAGAGAAGUUAACUUGUAUUUUGCGCACGGACUGUCCAAGUAUUAUGGUUUGUCAAAUCUCGUGUCCAAAAAUGUCGUGCUUCUGUUAAGGUCGUGUUGUAGUCAACAUAGCUUGUGUGGUUUUGUAUAGCAAAGCAUUUUGAUAUUCUCUCUUGGGAGCUUUUUUUGGGUCCUAAGGUUCAGAGUUUUCCUUGACACAAGUCUAUAUUUGACAAUGGUUCAACAAUUUAAUGAUAAUGUUAGUAUUAUGCCAUUUAAUUA